AUAAGAUCACUUGACAAACACAAGCUCUUAUAAGAACAUUACACCGUACGGGCGUUUCUUAUUUACCUGACCGAUAGUCCUGCCGUUAGUGUGCGUACAUGAUAGGCCAAUUUAUUCAUUUACUGUGUGAUCAUUUCGAUUUUAUGUUCUUUGAGUCAAUUCAAAAAUGUCUGUUUUACAAAAUCGUAGUUCUCACUUACUCAAGCACGCAAGAUUUUUCAAUAAUGUCAGUAUCACACGGUUAAUAUCUAUGAAGGCGACUUCAUCUACCGAAAUCAUUGAAAGGGAAAAGAAAGUAUCCGCGUUCAAUUAUGACCCCUUAUCAGUUGUAAUAUCCAAAGGAGAUGGUGUAUAUAUGUGGGACGUUGAAGGUAAAAAGUAUUUUGAUUUUUUGGGUGGGUUUGCGACUCUCAAUCAAGGACAUUGUCAUCCAAAAAUUAUCAAAGCUAUGGUCGAUCAGUUAUCAAUUCUUCAUCAUACUUCUAGAGCUAUUCAUCACGACUGUCUGUAUGAACUUAAUGAAUUUCUCACAAAAACAUUUGGAUUUGAUAAGGUGCUUAAUAUGAAUACGGGUGUUGAAGGUGGUGAAACUUCUAUCAAAAUAGCCAGAAAAUGGGGUUAUAGAGUGAAAAAAAUUCCAGAAAAUCAAGCUCAAGUAGUAUUUGCUCAUGGUAAUUUCUGGGGUCGUACUAUUGCUGCUAUUUCAUCUUCAACUGACCCAAACAGUUUUAAUGAAUUUGGACCUCAUGUUCCUGGUUAUCAAGUUGUUCCCUAUGAUGAUUUGGGAAAACUUGAACAAGCUCUCAGAAAUCCAAACGUUUGCGCAUUUAUGGUUGAACCAAUACAAGGAGAAGCUGGAGCCGUAGUACCCAGUCUUGGAUAUUUAAAAGGAGUACGAGAACUAUGCACUAAAUACAAUGUGUUAUGGAUAGAUGAUGAAGUACAAGCUGGUUUAGGUAGAACUGGAAAGCUACUAGCCGUCGAUUAUGAAAGCGUAAAACCAGACUUGUUAAUUCUCGGUAAAGCUUUGUCUGGUGGAGUUUAUCCUAUUUCCGCUGUAUUAGCCAAUAAAGAAAUAAUGGGAGUGCUUACUCCUGGAACCCAUGGAUCAACGUAUGGUGGUAAUCCUUUAGCAUGUAAAAUAGCUAUGGCUGCUUUAGACGUGAUCAUUAAUGAUGGUUUGAUUGACAAUGCCUUUAAAAUGGGAGAAAUAUUUAGAUCAGAAAUUGCUAAACGAGUAGAUAAACAAAAAUUGAUUCAAGUCAGAGGCAGAGGAUUACUUAACGCUGUUGUACUUAAUCUAAAAACCUGUCCAGAGACCAGUGCUGUGAGUUUAGCUAUAAAAGAAAAUGGUUUGGUGACAAAACCAAUUGGCAACAAUAUAUUAAGAUUUUCACCGGCUUUAACUAUAAAAGAAAACGAACUACGUGAAGGCAUUGAUAUCAUCGUAAAGACAAUUAAUGCAACAUCUUGUAGUUAAUCAUAUGUUAAUAAUAUUUUUAUAAUAUAAUAUAUAUUUAGUUAAAAUGUAAAAAAUUGUCAUCUAUCUAUUAAAAAAAUUAUAAUAAAUAAUGUGACAACAAUA